GUUCUUCUUCUUGUGCAAGUAGAGUUGUGUAAUGGAAUAGGAUUGUAUGAGUGUAUUUUGUUUAAAUUCUACUGUUAUUCAAAGGCAGAUUAGUUUAUUAUUCGUUAAUAAUAUCCGUAAAGGCUUCGUAUUUAUUUGGUGUUCUUUAAAUGUGAUAUUAUUCCAAGUUAAAAGCCUUUUUAUCAGAAGUUGUAAUCGGUUCUUUAGUGUGCGUCAGUUCCAGUGCUCCUGUCUGCACAGUAGCGAGAAAAUGGCGGAGGACAGUCCUACUAUUGAUAAUUUGAACACGAAGAAUGGCAAUUUUAUUUGUGGUGUUGUUGAAGGAUUCUAUGGAAGACCUUGGACUACAGAUCAGAGAAAAGACCUCUUUCAGAAAAUGAAGAAGUGGGGAAUGGAUUCAUACUUGUAUGCGCCGAAGGAUGAUUACAAACACCGCGCCUACUGGCGUGAGUUAUACACAGUGGAGGAGGCAGAACAUCUGACUGGACUGAUCAGUGCAGCACGAGAGAAGGGUAUCCACUUCUACUAUGCGCUUAGCCCCGGGUUGGACAUCACUUACUCCAGUGUCAAAGAAGUAUCAGCACUCAAGCGGAAACUGGAGCAAGUGUCUCAGUUUGGCUGUGCUGCAUUCGCCCUUCUCUUUGAUGACAUCGAACCUGAGAUGUCUGAAGCGGACAAGGAAGUGUUCCAGUCAUUUGCUCAUGCCCAGGUGUCAGUUACAAAUGAGAUCUACCAACACCUGGGACAACCACGAUUCAUGAUCUGUCCCACACAGUACUGUGCAGCACGUGCCAUGCCCAACGUCUCUAACUCUGAGUACCUCACCACUCUGGGCUCUAAGCUGGCUCCAGAGAUAGACAUCAUGUGGACAGGUAACAAAGUUAUAUCGCGGGUGGUGACCGUGGAAUCCAUUGAGGAGAUAACGGAAGUGCUGAAGAGGCCGCCUCUGAUCUGGGACAACCUGCACGCCAAUGACUAUGAUCAGAAGCGGGUGUUCCUGGGCCCAUACCAGGGUAGAUCUCCUGAUCUAAUCCCGCGGCUACGUGGCGUUCUUACCAAUCCCAACUGUGAGUUUGGUGCAAACUUCGUGGCAAUUCACACACUUGCGCAGUGGUCCCGCUGCAAUGUGGAUGGGCGACGUGAUAUAAAUGACAGUGUGUCAGCCGACAUCAAGCUAGAGACAGAAACAGAAGAUGGAGGAGUAGGGGAGGAUGUGCCUUCGUCUCUCCCGGCCAACAUGUACCAUCCACGUCGUGCACUGCGCAACGCUAUUACAGAAUGGCUGCCAGAGUUCUUCCGUGUGAAGCAGGCAUGGGGACCCAUCACGAAGCCCCAACCUGCGCUUCCAUUGCCUCUUCCUCUGCCAGUUAUCAUCCCGUCUGUUAACACGUGCAUGUCCGUCACCACCACCACCAACACCUCUGCCACUACUGGUCAAAACAACAAUCAACUGCAAGCACUGGCUGAGGUGUGCUCAUCGCAGGUAAAUGGCAACGAGAGCAUGAUGCAGCCAACAACCGGUCCAGUGGUGAUGAACUCUUUGAUCUCUGAGAGCAAAGUGCUGAGUGAACCCAUGGACUGUAACUCUACCCCUGCCAACUCACCUGCUUCCAACUCUCCCGCCCACUCCAAGACAGGGUUGGGGACAGCCUCUGACGUUCCCAUGGCUGACACCAACUCGGGGUCAGGUGCACUCAGUAACUCUAGCAGCAUGACUAUGCAAGUAGAGCCGGCUGUAGAUGUUGCUCCAGAGCGGCCACGAGACUUAGAUAAAGAGCUGACAAUAGAGGAUUUGGCACUGUUGUGUGAUCUGUUCUACCUCCCGUUUGAGCAUGGUAGUCAGGGAGUACAGCUGCUGCAGGAAUUCAACUGGCUCAAGUCCAAUGCUCACCUCAUCGCACUCCACAACCACAAGACUCCAGAAAAAACACCAGAGGUGGAGGAGUGGCACGAGCGAGCAGCCAAGCUAGAAGAGAUCAGUCAGAAUGUGAACCGGCUCUUUCAGCGGAUAACCUUCUGCAAUAACCGAGAACUCCUGUACGACUUGUAUCCCUAUGUGUGGGACAUGAGAGGAGUCAUCUCUCUGCUCAACUCCUACAUCAAGUGGUUAGCGAGCGGACAUUUCCCCCAGAUGGUUUCCAACUUCACUCUUGGCAACUACACCUGGUUUUCCAAAGGCUGGAAAGAAAGCUUCAUGUCUGGAGAUCAGGAACCUUGGGUUUUCAGGGGCGGACUCACGGCAGACCUGCAACGACUCAUACCAGUGGAUGCAGGCUCAGACCUGUUUGUAUACAAAGCGCCAGAUGUCCCCUGCAGCAAGAUUUACACUGUUCGGCCGUACCUGUUGGAGGAUGAGCCGGGGGUGUACAAUGUGUGCCGCAAGACCUUUAUGUGGUCUAGUCCCUCUCUGCCUAACCUCAUACCAGACAGAUUGGUGGGAGCAUUCCUGACACUGAGUCCCGAGCUGAGUUUGGUGGUGGAGGAUGAGACAGGGGUGGUAGGCUACGCUGUGGCAGCUCUGGAUGCCCGACAGUUCUACAGCAAGGUACGGCUGGCCUGGCUACCUGAGAUGUGUCAGAAGUAUCCAGCCAUACCCCAAAGCUCAGAGAAACUGUCUGCUGAAGAGGAGAUGAUCAACUGGUUCCACUCACCGAAGCUGGAGGAUGUACCUGACAGUGUACACAGUCAGCACCCGUCUGUGAUGUCCUGCUCUUUGCUGGCUACUGUGUUCGACCAGUCAGUGGCCAAGCGGCUGAUCAUCUGUCUGCUGGCAGCUCUCCGAGCCAAUGGUUCGUUUGGUGUGUACGUGGUAGUGAGCUCUCAAGACAGACCUCUGAUAGAAUUCUACUCCAAGUUGGGCUUUGUUGAGCUGUCUCAAGGUUUGGCACCAGACACAAUCUACCUUGGUAGGAUAUUCUGAACAAUUCCUCCGUCAUAGGUAACCUGUACAAUGCUCAAAAUAUGAACGUUCACUCCAUCUAAAAGAGGGCCAGCAACUUGUACAUAGCCUUUUUGUAUAUUAUUUACAAUAUACAGAUCUUGUCUUUUACAUAAAAACUUUCAAUGCCUAGUAUAAUUUCUCAUAAGUUCUUCACUCCUUAUAGAAUUGUUGUUAAUUAAAUUGUACAGUUAGUUAAUUUAGGUUAAUCGUUAAUGAAUCACCUUAGAAAUUAUUAUAUAAAUAUGUUAUAUAGUUAAUAUGUAAAUGAUUUAUCUGGGAUUCAUCACAUGGAUGAGCCUUAAUAAAUAUACAUAAAUAAUAUG